AUGCGUGAAUGUGAAGGUCUCAUUCGGAGUUUGGCCUUCGUGAUUGGUGUGGCUCUGACCAAUCAGGAUUGCGAUAACAAAUCCGUGGAAAAUUGCGUUUGCAUUCUCAGGAACUUGAGCUAUGCCUGCCAGGAGGUCGCCGAUCCGGACUAUCUGAAUCAUCGACUUUUAGCGCCAUCUGUGAAAGAUGGACAAACAGGCUGCUUCGGUAACAAGUCAAAGUCAUCAAGCAAGUACAAGACUGAAGCUCAGAGAAAUAAUCUGAUGCCUGGAAACGACCAAUCAAAAUCGAGCUCUGACAUGACGUACUUGUGGUCGCCAAGAAUACUGGACAUAUAUCUGCCCCUGUUGAAAGAGUGCAGCAACCCUGACACGGUCGAAGCAACAGCGGGGGCCAUUCAAAAUUUGGCUGCCUGUGAUUGGCAGCCAUCUGUUGAUAUUAGAUCGGCAGUCAGACAGAACCAAGGCUUACUGACCAUCAUCACCUUACUUAGUUACUCAUCUGAUAGAGUCAUUUAUUCGGCAGCUACCGCUCUCAGGAACUUGGCCAUCGAUGAAAAGAAUAAAGAUCACAUUGGGAAAUACGCGACAAAAGAUCUGACGAAUAAGCUGCCAACGUCAGCUGAGCCGACGGAGUUCAUACUAUCCAAUGAUACCCUGGCCGCUAUUGAGUCGACCCUCUAUGAUAUUAUUAAAUCUAAUUCCACUUUUGCUAGAAUCUUCGUAAAAGAAGGCGGAGUUGAGCGUUUGAUGAACAUAACCCGGGCACCUCCGGGCAUAUUCGACGAAAGAGUGGUUCGAUACGCCAAGCAGGUGAACGAUGAUGAUAUAGCAUUGGACGUGCUACAAAACAUGGAACUUAACAAUAAUAAUAAUUAUAUUAAUAAUAAUAAUAAUAAUAACUUUAAUAAUUAUAAUAAUAAUAACUUUAAUAUUAAUAAUGGCAAUUUUAUUUUUCCCAACAACAACAACCACAACAAUAAUAAUAUAAAUAAUAAUAAUAAUAUUAACUAUGGUAAUACCGUUCUUGGUAACACUACUUUUACAACACUACCUGGCUAUUCGAAUGACAGCCUGCAAUACAGCAACUACAACAACAACAUCAGUAACAACGACAACAACAUCAUCAGUAACAACAACAGUAACAUGAACAACAACAACAUUGACAACAGCAACUUAAGUCUGAAUCAGUUGUAUACAAAAGUUCAGCCCAAACAGCAGAGAUACAACAACAACAACAACAACGCUGCUAUCAGCAGGAUGAAUAUUGUUGUUGGAGGAGAUAAUGAUCUAAGUAUGAAAUCUCUUGUUUGA